GAAUGGAUGGUGUAAUGAUUGACUUGAAUAUUCGCCAACCUAAGGUUUUUGGUCAAAGUGUAUUUUUUUUAUUAGUUAACCAGAUGCUAGUACUCACCGUUGUGUGUAUUCACUGAUAUAUAUUUGCCACUUAGUCUAUACCUGUUUCGAUAUCUUGAGUGUACAUGCAUAAUUUACGCAUGCCGGAUUUUUCACUAUGGUAAAUUUCUCGGGCGCUGGUACACCUCCUUUCUAUUCAGAGCUGUAAUGCCUCUACCAUAUCACCAGCUCCUUGAUCAUCAAAUUGCUGUGCGGGCCUUGUACCGUCAGACCCUCAGACACAUCCGGCACCUCCCUCAGGUCUACCGCAACUCCACAGAAGUGGUGCCGUCGCCAAAGCUCUUGCACGAUGAGCUCCGGAAGCAGUAUAAGUGCUUUCAGAAGGUAAAAAUGACCCAUGCCUUUCACAGCCCUGCGGUAAUACAGCAGCAGUUACUCCAAGGAAUGGAGGUGGAGGCGAAACUCCGGGACUUGUACAUACGCCCCGAGACGCUUCUGGAGUUUGUCGUGUUCGUCAGAGCAUUGCUACAGUCAUCUACAACCCCCAUAGACCCAGAGAAACUUCAGACGGCUGAGACAGUUCAAAAGUUACACGAAGCUGACCAGGCUCGCCAGCUGAGCUCGCACUUGUUUACCCAUAAAUACCUCAAGAACCAACAGGACCAGUUGAAGCUUCCGCGAACUAUCGACCCAAAGUAUCGGGCAAUCCUCCACGACGAAUUCAUCCACUCCCAGAGGGUGCGCACCCUCCACGACUUUCAAAAGUUUAUCCAGGACAAACCCGCACAGGUCCGGAAGUUGGCGGUCACAUUCCACGGUAAUUCGCAGCUUUCUUUCUUGCGCUACCCCGGGGGGAAACAGUCGAUUGCGGUGAACCGUCUCAUCCAACACAUGAAGAAGCGCUACCAGUACGUGUUAGACCACACAGCUACGAUGGAGACUCAGUACAAACCGUUGUGUGAAAUGGAGGCCACAUGGGAAGUGGUCAUGGGCGAAAGCGGAACCACGAAGGAGCGGACAGACGAAUGGAUGCGGCCCUAUCAGGAAUAUAUCACCAACUGCAACUCCCAGCUUCAACGCAAGCAGCGGAAGCUCGACGACCACGCGAAGAAGGUACUCACCGAAGCCAAGAUUGCCGAAGCCCAGCAUGAAUACGACGAAAAGUUCACAAACGCCCAAGCCCGGUUUGCCGCGUUUGUCCAGGACUGCGAGCAGUUCAACAAGGACCACGGUGGGGCUUGGCGGUGUGACGAUCCCCAUCUGGAUGUGUACCGUGGGGGUGUCCACGACUUGGACAUGUUGAUGAAGAAGCACUGCAUUGGAAAGUGAUGUGUGAUAAGCGUGUAUUGCCGGUUGGAUUGAGAGUUCAGGUGGGGGAGAAAGCUCCAGUCGGGCAUGGCCUCAUCCCAGCAAUUAAUAAACGGAUAAACACUGAAAUGGAGAUUGGGGUGUAAACACUGAAAUGAUUCAAUACUUAGGUAUACUCAAAGAUAAGCACCAGCAAUUGAGACGAUAGCCAUGUAAAAGGAAUGAAUUUCCCCUAUAAUCUCUUUAUAGCCCAUUUACACUAGAUAAACCUACCCGGUUACUUUGGUAUAUUACCUUAUACAAUUCCAAGUCUCAUAGACGCGGCUCGCCUCGCCCGGAGCGUUGCUGGGUCUCGCCCUGGCUUCACAACGACCACUGCUUGAACUUGUUGAUCAACCCGUUGGUCGACGGAUCGUGACUGGCAACCUCCUUCUUGUCUACCAAUUCACCACCA